AUGUCUUUGACGCACAACAGCUACAAAGUCGCCUGGAUAUGCGCCUUGCCGCUGGAGGCAGCAGCGGCCCGCGUCAUGCUGGACAAAACUCACAGUCCCCUGCCGAAACCCUCCACCGAUUCGAAUGCCUACGAGCUUGGCGAACUAAAUGGUCACUAUAUUGUCAUUGCCUGCCUACCAGCUGGUGUAUACGGUACAGUGUCUGCCGCGGCCGUGGUAUCUUGCAUGCAUUCCACCUUUCCUAGUCUUCAAUAUGGACUGAUGGUGGGAAUUGGAGGCGGAGUUCCAGGCAAAAACAAUGACAUUCGACUAGGCGAUGUAGUAGUCAGCAAACCGGUUGGAAAGUACAGCGGAGUGAUACAAUAUGACUAUGGCAAGGCGGUUCAAGGUGGACAAUUCGAGCAAACAGGCACAUUAAACAAACCACCACAGGCUCUUUUGACUCAUAUAAGUCAAUUGCAGGCAAAAAUCAUGACUGGAGACCAGGAAGAUGUUUCAAAAAUAGUGUGGGAAGUCCUCGAGCGAAAUCCUGAGAUGAAAGACAGAUUUGCCCCCCCGGAACAGCAUAUGGACUUUCUUUUCCAUUCGUCCUAUCAUCAUGCCGACAAAGAAGACACCUGUGGAAAGUGUGAUAAAGACAAAUUAGUCAAACGACAACCUCGUGCUACCAGGACACCUUAUAUUCACUACGGGUUAAUUGCAUCAGGAGAUCAGGUGAUGAAAGACUCAGAGACACGAGAUCGUCUAGCACAACAACAUAGGAUUCUCUGCUUUGAGAUGGAGGCAGCAGGCCUUAUGGACGAGCUUCCGACGCUGGCAAUUCGAGGGAUAUGUGACUAUUGCGACUCUCAUAAGCAGAAACAGUGGCAAGGAUAUGCAGCUUUAACUGCAGCUGCUUAUACGAAAUUGCUGUUAUUAGGUAUUCCUAAUAACCGUUCUGAUAUUGACCUGGUUACAAGCAGUAAAAUUCGGCACUGGAUCGUCUCGCUUGCAAGAAAUUUAAAAUUUGUUGGUCGUCAGGAGGAAAUUGUGAAACUAGAAGAAUUAAUCAUGGCGCAAGAUAGGCCCAGGAGGAUCGCAAUCACCGGCUUAGGAGGGGUUGGGAAGACCCAAGUGGCCCUUGAGCUAGCAUACCGUAUACGGGACCGAGAUAAGGAGUGCUCAGUCUUCUGGAUCCCCUGCACCAGCCGUGCAAUGAUUGAACAGAUGUUCCUGCAUAUUGCACAAAAACUCGGCCUUCAUAAUUUGAAUAUGGCAGAGGUUAAAGAGCAGGUUAAGAUAUACCUCAGCUCUGAGCGUGCAGGCAAGUGGCUUCUGAUUUUUGAUAAUGCAGAUGAUGCAGAGAUGUGGUUCGCGCCUAGUCAUACAGUCCCACCUCUCGAAGACUUUCUCCCUGAGAGUGAACAAGGUUGUAUUCUGUUCACUACCCGAAACCGAAAGCUCGCCAUGAAGCUGGCGCCGUUUGAAGUUUUUCCAAUCCCAGACGUGGACAAAGAAACCGCACUCAAAAUCCUAGAGAAAACAUUAGCACGCGAGGACUUGCUUAGAGAUACUACCACAACAACUACUCUCCUUGAACAAUUAGCCUUUCUCCCAUUGGCGAUUGUGCAGGCAUCAGCAUAUAUUAUCGAAAACGGUAUCAAGUUAUCGACCUACCUUGAACUUCUCCAAGAGCAGGAACAAGAUGCUGUGGAACUCCUGAGCGAAGACUUCAAGGAUCCAGGACGUUAUAAGGAUAUCCAAAACCCUGUGAUCACUACCUGGUUGAUAUCAUUGAAACAGAUUCAGUAUCAAGAUCAAUUAGCGGCAGACUAUUUAUCUUUCAUGGCUUGUAUCAAUCCACGAAAUAUUCCCGAAAUCCUCCUUCCUCAGCCAACAUCCAGGAAACAGAAAAUUGAGGCUCUAGGCCUUUUAAAUGCAUACUCGUUUAUUUAUAGCCAAGGCACAGGUUUAGGUAUGCACAGACUUGUGCAUAUUGCGACGCGAAACUGGCUUAGAAAGAAUUCAUCUUUUAGCCACUGGAUCCAACGGGUGGCUGAACAUAUGCAGAAUGUGUUUCCAGAUAAUCACUACACCAAUCGAGGACUUUGGAGGGAAUACCUUCCUCAUGCAUUAGCAAUUGUGCAUGAAAAUGAAUUUGUUGUACAAGGGGACAAUUACCUUGGGUUGACUGAAAAGAUUGCAGGUUGCCUUGCCAGUGAUGGAAGAUACCAAGAAGCAGAGAUACUUUACAAGAAGCUGACGAGGAUCAAUCAGGACAAAGCUGGCUCAGAACAUUCCUCCACUCUGAGAAGCAUGGCGAACCUGGCAUCAACCUACUGGAAUCAGGGUCGAUGGAACGAAGCUGAAAAGCUGGAGGUGCAAGUAAUGGAGACAAGGAAGACAGUGCUAGGAGCUGAGCAUCCCUCCACUUUGACCAGCAUGGCGAACCUAGCAUCAACCUACUGGAGUCAGGGUCGAUGGAACGAAGCCGAGAAGCUGGAGGUGCAAGUAAUGGAGACAUCCAAGACAGUGCUAGGAGCUGAGCAUCCUGACACUCUAACCAGCAUGGCGAACCUAGCAUCAACCUACCGGAAUCAGGGUCGAUGGAACGAAGCUGAAAAGCUGGAGGUGCAAGUAAUGGAGACAUUCAAGACAGUGCUAGGAACUGAGCAUCCUGACACUCUAACUAGCAUGGCGAACCUAGCAUCAACCUACCGGAAUCAGGGUCGAUGGAACGAAGCCGAGAAGCUGGAUGUGCAAGUAAUGGAGAUAAGGAAGACAGUGCUAGGAACUGAGCAUCCCUCCACUUUAACCAGCAUAGCGAACCUAGCAUCAACCUACUGGAACCAGGGUCGAUGGAAUGAAGCCGAGAAGCUGGAGAUGCAAGUAAUGGAGACAUCCAAGACAGUGCUAGGAACUGAGCAUCCCUCCACUUUGACCAGCAUGGCGAACCUAGCAUCAACCUACUGGAAGCAGGGUCGAUGGAACGAAGCUGAGAAGCUGGAUGUGCAAGUAAUGGAGACAAGGAAGACAGUGCUAGGAACUGAGCAUCCCUUCACUUUGACCAGCAUGGCGAACCUAGCAUCAACCUACUGGAAGCAGGGUCGAUGGAAUGAAGCUGAGAAGCUGGAGGUGCAAGUAAUGGAGACAUCCAAGACAGUGCUAGGAGCUGAGCAUCCCUCCACUUUGACCAGCAUGGCAAACCUAGCAUCAACCUACCGGAACCAGGUAAUGGAGACAUCCAAGACAGUGCUAGGAGCUGAGCAUCCUGACACUCUAACCAGCAUGGCGAACCUAGCAUCAACCUACCGGAAUCAGGGCCGAUGGAACGAAGCCGAGAAGCUGGAUGUACAAGUAAUGGAGACAUCCAAGACAGUGCUAGGAACUGAGCAUCCCUCCACUUUGACCAGCAUGGCGAACCUAGCAUCAACCUACUGGAAGCAGGGUCGAUGGAAUGAAGCCGAGAAGCUGUUUGUACAAGUAAUGGAGACAAGGAAGACAGUGCUAGGAGCUGAGCAUCCCGAUACUCUAACCAGCAUGGCGAACCUUGCCUCUACUUGGAAAUUCCAGGGCAAGCUACAGGAUGCCUUGAGUUUAAUGGAUAAAUGCUGUCACCUGCACAGCAAAGUAUUAGGGCCUAGUCACCAGUAUUCCAGGUCAUUCUCUUGUACUCUCAGUGACUGGAUGGAUGAGUAUAACGCCUUACCAAAGCAAACGACGCUCACUAGGAAAGAAUGUCCGCAAGCUCUGCGCGAAGUUUCAGCAGGACCUCCAGCAGCUGUGGUAACCGCGCAGUUGGUCCGUGAAGAGCACAUCAAUCUACCUUAUACCCAAAGACGAUCGGCUGCUAAAUUAUUGCUCAGAAACCAUCCUCUCAUCAUCGCUACCAGAACACCCUCGCCCGCGCCCGAAGACCAAGACUUACAAGAUAUGGAUUAA